GUAAAACUAGACCUCCAGCACAAUGAAUUGGUUACUGUCCCACACUGUCUAUUUGAGUUACCCAAUCUUAAUGAGCUCAAUCUGAGCAAUAACAAGCUAAUUGAGAUACCUGAUGUACACGAGUGGUCCCCUGGUCUCACUGUCCUGGACCUCUCCUCUAACGAGCUCUCUAGUCUACCAGCUGACAUUGUCACUCCUUCUAUUAGGACUCUCAACAUUAGUUAUAAUCAUUUCUGUACUGUCCCUCUCUCUGUCUGCUCCUUUAUGAGUCUCCAGCACUUGAACAUCAGUUUCAAUCGAAAUAUACGUUCUCUGCCGGUGGAGAUGGGUCGAUUGCAGAAUCUUAUCAAGCUUGUUAUUGAUGGACUCAAAUUGAGAGACCCUCCUCGUAAUGUGCAGCGUGAUGCCAGGGACUGUGUACGAUACCUCAACAGUAAGCUACGCUCU